AACGUUCCUAAUACACGACGUGCAUGUAAUUCGCAAGCCAUCUGAUAUCCAAGGUAAUACUUUUAGACAUAAUAAAUUGCCCGAGAUCCCGGGGGGCAAAUUUGAGGUAUAGAUGUAUCUUCAGCUAACGAGAGGUACACGGAAACACCAAUUUGAUUCGUGGGUACCCUGUGGCUAAAUUGAAACGUCAUCUCAAUAUGUCAGCGGUCUAAGUUUAUUGGGUAUGCGUUCCACUAGUUUGGCGGGAAAUUAAACAAGAUGGCGGGUGAUGGAAGGUUGUAGUCUGAUCGGUAGCCUCUUUUAAAUUUUGGAGAUUCUAAAGGUCUUGUGUGUCAUAACAAGUUGCCAGUUGACGACUUGAAUUGUAUUUUGUGAGACGAGAACAAAGCGAGGGACUCCCACCCGGAUAAAAUGGUCGUUUCCGAGUCCGUUUCCGAGCAAAAACGAAAUCUUCCAUGGGUUGAAAAAUACAGACCAAACAGCUUAGAAGAUCUAAUCUCUCACAGGGAUAUUAUCACAACAAUCAAAAGGUUCAUUGAGGAAGAUCGUUUGCCUCAUCUGUUGUUCUAUGGUCCACCUGGUACUGGAAAGACUUCCACCAUAUUAGCUGUCGCCAAACAGAUCUAUUCUGCACGCGAGUUCAACUCCAUGGUUCUUGAGUUGAAUGCAUCAGAUGAUCGAGGUAUUGGAAUUGUUCGUGGAGCCAUUCUAAGUUUUGCAAGUACAAGGACAAUUUUUAAGUCUGGCUUCAAGCUAGUGAUAUUGGACGAAGCAGAUGCCAUGACGCAGGAUGCUCAGAAUGCUUUAAGAAGAGUGAUGGAGAAGUUUACAGAGAAUACAAGAUUCUGUUUGAUUGGCAACUACCUGACCAAGAUUAUUCCAGCUCUCCAGUCACGCUGCACAAGAUUUAGAUUUGGACCUCUUGACAAUGAACAGAUGACAAGUAGACUGGAACAUGUUAUCAAGAGUGAGGGAGUUCAAGUUUCAGAUGAUGGAAUGAAAAGCCUGGUCAGGCUGGCAAAUGGUGAUAUGAGGAAAGCUCUAAAUAUUCUUCAGAGCACAGCUAUGGCCUUUGACACUGUAAAUGAAGUGAAUGUCUACACAUGUACAGGCCAACCUCUGCGAUCAGACAUUGCAAACAUAGUGGAGUGGAUGCUCAAUGAGGAUUUCAGUACUGCUUACAAUAAUAUAAUGAAGAUUAAAACUUUGAAGGGACUGGCACUUCAAGACAUUCUGACUGACGUGCACUUGUAUGUUCAUAGAGUCAACUUCCCUCAGAAAAUCAGAAUUCUCUUGCUGGAAAAGAUGGCAGAUGUUGAAUACCGCCUUGCAGCAGGAACCUCUGAGAAGAUUCAGCUAAGCUCACUGAUAGCAGCUUUCCAAGUAGCUAGAGAUAUGGUGACUCCUGACUCAUAGAAAACGCUCUUACACCUUCCUUCGGUGUUCCUAAUACUGUCAAAACCUUUACAAUCGUGUAGUUAAUGUACGGAGAUUUUGACAUAAAUGUAUGAGACAAGGUGAUUUGUUGAAAUUCUUGUAGAAUGAUCUACACUUUUGCAAAGUUGUAGGAUAAGUUGUGUCGUAGUAUUGUACAACAUCUAACAAUGACGCUUCAUACUUCGUUAAAUAAAAGUCGUAUGCUCGCUUAAGGUGGCUUUAAACAGCUUCCAGCAUUUACAUUUUGGCGGGUUAUUAUAACCACUUUUAUCGAGUCUAUCUUUUUGUCGAGGGUCGAGGGUCGAGGGUCCCAUGUCGA